AUGUCACUCUCUACGCCUACUAAGCUGACCAACCUCCGCAGUCUUCUCGCCAACAAGCCGCAGCAAGAGGUCUUGCGCUUGUACCUCCACCAGAACCAGGAUAAUCUCCUCAAGGAAGCGGUACUCGUCACGAUCUUUCGCAAAUGGUCUGUUCUUCCGCCAUAUACCCUCACUGAAAUUGGUGUCACUACGUACGAACGCCAACAAGUACACGGCGGCCGGCCAUGCCCUCCGGGUCCGCAUGCAGAGGACCUACUGCGACACGUCUGGUCAAUGCAUUAUCGCAUUAGAGAGAACGCGCAUGUUUCUGCAACCAAGGAAGACCCGACGGAAGCCGAUCAGACUCCCUUUCACUUCGGAUACUCGGUGUUCGUCACGCUCGAGGACGCCAUGGACGUCUUGCAACAAAUCUGGCACCAGCCCAUCGACAUGAUGAAGCUCGAGAAAGGACAUCGCCCGGUCAUAUGUCUCUCCUACGGCAACAACGACGCGCUUAGCAAAACUAGACACGUUGACUUUGACUUCUCACCUACAAAGAUUGGAACAACGGUCGCCAUGCUCGACGCGCAGAACAUUGCUAUACAAGCUAAGAUCACAAGCUCAGGCGACGCGAGCAUCGACUAUCUCCUCCCCAUCUUCCAGAUCAGGCCGUACGACGAGCAUAACGCGGGUAACGCAGCAAUGUACGUCACUGUUCUCGCGUUCCUGUCGGUUCUGCGUAAAGAGCUCUACGGUUCGGAGGCCAACCCGAAAGCGAGGCCGGGCCAACAAGGCAUCUCGUCUACGAAGACAGCGCGAAGUGUGAUGCAGUGGCUGAUGGACCAUCCAACCCCGGUCCCGCCAUUCGGAGUGACGACUUACUGCUCAAGGUGCAGCAGCUUCGUCCAUACGGUAGCCGAGUGCCCGAACACCGACUUUGUGUGCAGCAAGUGUCUGGCAUCGAAGAUAAAGUUCAGGCAAGAAAAUGCGGUCACGCACAUGGAGGGUUUGUGUAUCUAUCGCUGA